CCAAUGUAAGAAGUUUGGUAUCAUCCAGAGAUUCAUCGGAAUCCGGCACCGGAGAAAUCAGCGAGAGGCGCACGCGGCGGCGAAGAACAUUCUCGAAUCAUCAUCGGAAUUAGUUUGACGAUGGAGGGGCUGAAAGCGCUACCUCCACCCUCUCACCUCUCACCCUCCGCACUCUCCUUCCUCGACCAAAGCUUCCACACCCAACGCGCCCUCGCCCAGGCUCCCAACUGCGUCUCCGAGCUCCAGACUCAGUGCUCCGAGUUGGAUCGCUCGCUCCACCAGUUGACUCAGCGACUCGGAGCGGGCCUCGCCGCGUACGCCUCCUUUUCCGGCGAAAUACACGGCCUCUUCGGCCACGUCACCGAUAGGCUCACUGCUCUGUCCUCCACCGUCGUGCCAGAUGGAAACCACGGGGAUGGAAAGGGUUUCAGAGAGGAACUUGCGACUUUGGCAAAGGAGGUGGCUAGAUUGGAGACUGUUCGUGUCUAUGCAGAGACAGCAUUGAAACUUGAUACUUUGGUUGGUGAUAUUGAGGAUGCUGUAUCAUUUACCAUGAGCAAAAACAUAAGGAAACAUUCUCCUAGUCAAAAUUCACAAGAAAUGCAUCUGCUUGCUAUUAAAACUCUUAAAACGACAGAAGGAAUAUUAACUUCAAUUACGAAAGCACAUCCUCAGUGGAAGCAUCUUGUAGCAGCAGUUGAUCACAGAGUAGACCGGGCUCUUGCUACUUUGAGGCCCCAGGCAAUUGCUGAUCAUCGGGCACUUCUUACUUCACUUGGAUGGCCCCCACCUCUUUCUGCCUUAACCGCCUCAAAUUCAGAUGCAAGGACUGCAAAUCUAGUCUUGAAUCCUCUACUGAGCAUGCAAGCAGAUCUUAAACUCAGGUACUCAGAAAAUUUUCUUGCUUUGUGCAACCUACAGGAGUUGCAAAGGCAAAGGAAAGCUAGGCAACUUGAGGGCCAUGACAGGGAAGUUGCCCUACGACAACCACUUUGGGUAAUAGAAGAGCUUGUGAAUCCCUUAUCAUUGGCUUCCCAACGACAUUUCUCUAAAUGGGUUGAUAAACCAGAAUUUAUUUUUACUCUUGUAUAUAAAAUCACAAGGGAUUAUGUUGACUCUAUGGAUGAAUUGUUGCAGCCAUUGGUUGAUGAAGCAAAGUUACUUGGCUAUAGUUGUAGAGAAGAAUGGAUCUCAGCAAUGGUAACCUCCUUAAUCACAUACAUGGCAAAAGAAAUUUUCCCUAGUUACAUUAGUCAACUUGACGAGGAGAGUGUUACGGGAAUUCAGUCAUCUGCUAGAAUAUCAUGGCUACAUCUCAUUGACUUGAUGAUAGCUUUUGACAAAAGAAUUAAGUCUUUGGUAGAGCAUUCUGGGAUCUUGAUAUCCUUUGAUGAUGAUUUUAUCUUGCAGAAAAUUUCUUCUCUAUCUGUAUUUUGUGAUCGUCCAGAUUGGCUUGAUCUAUGGGCUGAAAUAGAACUAGGUGAUGCCCUAGAUAAGUUGAAACUAGACAUCCAAGAUGAGAAUAAUUGGAGAAAGAAAGUUGAAGGUGCAGUUAUUUCGUCAUGUACUGAUGAUCACAAGUCUCCUCUGGUUUCUAAUGCCUUUCUUCGCCAUCUAGCAUCUGUUAUUGAUCGUUGUCGAUCAUUGCCUAGUGUAAGUUUGAGGUCAAAAUUUCUCAGAUUAGCAGGUGUUCCUAUCAUAAGAAGGUUUUUUGAUUCCAUACUUAUCCGCUGCCAAGAAGCUGAAGGUUUGACUGCAUUAACUGAUGAUGAUGCUGUAAUUAAAGUUACAAUUUCCAUCAAUGCUGCUCAUUACUUUGAAUCUGUUCUAAAGGAAUGGUCUGAGGAUGUCUUUUUCCUUGAGAUGGGGAUGGAUGAUGAUGAUAAAGCAGAUUUGGAAAGUAAUGCAAAUAGUUAUGGUGAAGGGUUGCCAGAGAGUUCUGGAAGGGUUAUCUUUGAUGAUGAUAUAAAAAAAUUGGAAGAGUUCAGAGCAGAGUGGGUUGAAAAGAUUUCCCUAGUUAUAUUGAGAGGUUUCGAUGUGCAGUCUCGAGAUUAUGUGAAGAACAAGAAGCAAUGGCAAAAGGUUGAAGAAGGAUGGACCGUGUCAAAGGCUCUAAUAGAAGCCCUGGAUUAUCUGCAAAGUAAAAUGUCAGUGGUGGAAGUAAGUUUGAAUGGUAGGGAUUUUGUUGGGGUUUGGAGAAGUUUGGCAGCAGGAAUUGAUCGAUUGAUUUUUAAUGGUAUUCUCAUGAGUAAUGUUAAAUUUCACAGUAGUGGUGUUGAAAGAUUUGGUAGUGACUUGGAUGUUUUAUUUGGGGUAUUUGGGGCAUGGUGUUUGAGACCUGAAGGUUUUUUCCCAAAAGCAAGUGAAGGUCUGAAGUUGCUGAAGAUGGACGAAAAUAGAGUGCAAGAAUGUAUGGCAGGGGGGAAGAGAUGGUUGAAGGAGAAUGGGUUCAGGCAUCUGAGUGUAACUGAAGCAGAAAAGAUUUUGAAGAAUAGGGUGUUCACGAGUUGAAGAUCUUGGCAUACUUUGUAAGCACAUGCACAGCUGAAAUGGCAUAGGGACGUAUGAAGAUUUAGGAUUGUUUCGUGGUGUACAUGACUAUAGACCAGAUGAACUUAUUCAAUUUUGCAAAGUUGUAAUAAAUCUAUUUUUCAUUUAGAAUAUUUCAGGCAUUGGACCACGUACCCCAAAUUUGGGGUACGGUUAAUACUUCAUAUUUCUAGAUGCUAAUUAAACUGUAAAAGUGCUUUGAGUUAAACUAUUCUUCCUAUUCGUAUAAUUUAUCAUUUUUUA